AUGAGAGACUCCGACACUUUUGAUCUUUGCAGUAUGGAGAAAAGAGAGGGGGAAGAUGGACGUAAUCGAGUCAAGGGGUCGUCUAAGUCGAAUCGAAAUAAGAGAAAGGCAACAUUUGCAAAGAAAAUGGAAUUCAUUGGAUGGGGAUCGAGGCCUCUAGUAGCGUUUCUCGUUUCAAUCGGCAAGGACCCGAGUAAACCGCUUUCUCAACAAGCGGUCGCUAAUAUCAUCAACAAAUACGUGCUCGAAUCGAACCUCAUUCACCCAGAGAAAAAAAGACAGGUUGUAUGUGAUGAAAAGCUUUCUUACCUUUUUAGAAAGAAAACAAUUACUCGAAACCGAAUCCAUGAUCUAUUGGAUCCUCAUUUCCCUGAUAACUACGAAUCUUCCGAAGACGAUUCUGAAAACUAUCAGAAAGUCGACACUGGUUUGCCAUUUGAGAAGCAGUUGGUUUCUGGGACGGAGGUGAUGGGGGCUAGUUUUCAGAUGGAAAAAGAAUUGGAAACUUCGAAAAUGAGCUUUGCAGCGAUCGUUCCGGAAAAAGAAAUCGGAAGUCCGAAAACCCGCUUUGCAGCCAUCGUUCCAGAAAACAUAAAACUGUUGUAUCUGAAGAGGACAUUGGUUGAAGAUCUUCUUAGGAAUUGUGAGAAUUUUGGAAAGAGAUUGAUUGGAAGUUAUAUCAGGAUAAAAUCCGACCCAAAUGACUACUUGCAGAAGAACUCUUACCAAUUGCAUCCCGUUACAGGUGUUAAGACUAUAGCUGAAAAUGGUGAGAAUGUGGGUAAAGAGGUUUUUCUUCAAGUUCCAAAUAUGAUGAAAGACAUUUCUAUUGGCAUGCUGUCUGAUUGCAACUUCUCUAAGGAAGAAUGUGACGAUUUGCUUCAAAGAGUUGAAAUGGGUUUACUUAAGAGGCCUACAGUUGUAAAAGUUGAAAAGAAGGCCAUAAUGCUGCAUGAAGAUAUAACAAAACAUUGGAUUCCUAGAGAACUCAUCCAUCUGCAAAACCAUAUCGAUCGAGCCAACGAGAAAGGAUGGCGCAACGAAUUACAUGAGUAUCUUGAAAGAAGGGAAGUGCUGAAGAAACCAUCUGAACAAACAAGAUUGCUGCUUGAGGUUCCAAAGGUGAUUGCAGAUACCAUACAGAAAGAACCCACAUUGCUGAUCACAGACAAGAUCUAA